UUGUCUUUUGUAGCAGUGAGGAGGGAGUGAAGCUUGCGGCUAAAAGCGUAGCGGGCGAUGGUCUGUGAAACUGAAAGAGCCAAAGAGGAGAGCGCAAUACGCACAAAAAGCGAAAUGGUUUGGAACUUUGAAUUUUCAUUUUACCGAAACAAACACAAUCUACACCUAAUCUCCUCCUCCUUCUCUCUCUCUCUCUCUCUCCCUCUCCCUCCCUCUCUCUCUCUUCGUUCUAUGUGAUCCAAACUGCAAAAGCUUCGGCUGGAUGUCCAUGGAAUUGUUCUCUGUUAUUACGAGCUGACGUUGUCCGGGUUGGUCGAGAGCUAAUUCCAUGGCCGAAUUGCAGUUGCAAGCUCCAGUUUUAGUCUGAAACAAAUCCCAACUUCAGACCGGGGUUUUAGGGUUUUCUUUUUAAGGAAAAAUCCCAUCCCCUUUUCCAGAAAUGCCCGCCCACGGAUCCAAAUCCGAGAAGCAAGAUGCGGCGGUGUUGCACCGUCGAGAUCCAUAUGAGGUUCUUGGUGUCUCCAGGAACUCCACGGAUCAGGAAAUCAAAAGCGCUUACAGAAGAAUGGCUCUCAAGUAUCAUCCUGACAAGAAUGCAAAUGAUCCCAAAGCUGCUGACAUGUUUAAGGAGGUCACUUUUUCCUACACCAUUUUGUCAGAUCCAGAAAAAAGACGACAAUAUGAUGCUGCUGGCUUUGAGGCCGUUGAAACAGAAAGCCAAGAAUUGGAGCUAGAUCUUUCAAGUUUGGGGGCAGUGAACACCAUGUUUGCUGCCCUUUUUAGCAAGCUUGGUGUGCCAAUUAAAACUACUGUAUCAGCGACAGUUUUGGAAGAGGCACUUAAUGGGGUUGUGACUGUUCAUCCACUUCCAUUGGGCACUCCUAUUUCUAAAAAGGUUGAGAAACAAUGUGCUCAUUUUUAUUCUAUUAUGAUUAGUGAAGAGGAAACACAGGGUGGACUUGUUUGCCGAGUUCAAUCACCUGACAAAAGCAAAUUUAAGUUAUUGUAUUUUGAUCGGGAAGAAACUGGUGGACUAAACCUUGCUUUACAGGAGGAAAGUACAAAAGUCGGAAAAGUCACAUCUGCUGGGAUGUAUUUUCUUGGUUUCCCUGUAUAUCGAUUGGACCAAACAGCAAACUCGAUGACUGCCGCUAAGGAUCCUGAUGCUGCCUUUUUUAAAAAGCUAGAUGGAUUCCAGCCAUGUGAAAUUACUGAACUAAAGGCUGGAACUCAUGUCUUUGCAGUCUAUGGUGACAAUUUUUUUAAAAGUGUGAGCUACACAAUUGAGGCAUUUUCUGCAGCAUCGUUUGCUGAAGAGAAAGAGAAUCUUAGAACUGUGGAAGCUCAAAUCUUGACAAAAAGGGUGGAAAUAUCCAAAUUUGAAACAGAAUAUCGUGAGGUUCUAGCACAAUUUACGGAGAUGACGGGUAGAUACACUCAAGAAAUGCAAGUGAUCGACGAGCUUCUCAAACAGAGGAAUGAAAUUCAUGCCUCCUACACAACUGGUCCUCCAAUAAAACGGAGUAGGAGCCGGAUUAGGGGUUCCUUUAAAGAUGCAAAAGAAGACAGCCAAAUAAGGGAGAGGAAAUCUACAAGGGAUAGGCCUAAGAAGAAAAAAUGGUUCAAUAUCCAAUUAAAGGUUGAAAAAAGAAAAUCUUGCUAAAGAGGUGGAGAAACAUGAAGGGAAGGUGAAUCUUUUUCCCAAACAUAAUUUUUUCGGUUGCAUUCGGAUUGAUUUGGUAUAAUCAAAGAAGAUAUGAGACUCGAUAGCGAGUAAUAGCCUGACCAGAGUGCUAUAUCAUAUGAGUAAUGGCCCUGAACUCCAUGGGCAUGCUGUGGAUGACAACUUGUCUACAAAGAUUCUUUUAGUUGGAUCCUUCUAGUUGGAUCCUUUCUCCAGCAAAAAUCAUGCAUGUAAAUUGUAUAAUUUAUUUACGGAAUCCCAUCGCUGAACUGCUGUUUGUGUUGUAUAAUUAAGUUUUGUGAAUAGCAAUAUUAGCUGGAUUUCGCACGACAGAAGGCUGAGCUGUAUUCAUGGAGUUCAUUGUGCUCGUAUGAAUGUUAAUGCUUCUCUUUACUGUGACCAGGCUUGCUAUUCUGCUAGUUCAUCUUCCCCUGAUUCCAUCGGCGAUACCAGUAGGUGACUCGCUGGACGAUUUCAACUGAGCCGUGCUAGUAUUUGCUAAAAAUACCUUUUUGAUUUGGUAUGAUGGGUUUGGGGAUGAAAAAGUUGUUU